CCUUAGAAACGAAGGGAACAUGAGGAUUUCGGUGUUCGUUUGUUUAAUUGCUCUCGUAGCGACCGCCUAUGCGAGGGAUGUGAGGCACAAACGUGGAGCGGAUCUUGAAGAGGCGGCCUCAGGAGUUUGGGAGAAAGGUGAGGGUGGAGACCAUUACGGUGAACAUUAUGGGGAGGAAGGAGGACACGGCGAAAAAGGUUACAAGGGAUAUCAUGGCCAUAACUACGGAAAGAAAGGUCAUUCCGAUCACGAAGGAUUCAAAGGACAGUUCGAUGAAAGCGGCGGUCAUAAGAAACAUCACCAUCACGACGAAGGGUAUCAUGAGGGACAUGAAAACGGAGAGAAGGGAGUAAAGGGACACAGCUUUGAAGAAAAAGGACAUUUCCAUAAAGGUCAUUCAACAAAGGGUCAUCAUGGAAUCCACAAAUUAGACGAAUUCAAAAAAGACAAGCAUUUCCAUGACAAGCACGGCGAAUCAGGAUUCGAAGAGGGAUACGGUGGCCAUCAUGAUGAAGGUGGUUAUAAAGAAGGCGGCGAGUUUCAUAAAGGACACAGCAAUGGUGGGUACCACGAGCAUGAAGGUGGUAACAAGGGAUACUUUGAAAAGGGUGGACAUCAUCACGAUCAAAAGGGAGACCAUGACGAAGGAGCCAACGAGGAGUAUUGGGGUCAUCACGAAGGACACGCUAGCAAAGGGGGACAUGAUGAGGGAAAAGGUUGGGGUUGGGAAAAAGGACAUAAGUAA